UAAAAAAAUUCACGCCGGUUAAAAAUAACAACAACUUCGCCGUCGUCGUUUGCUACUAGUCUUCCUCGCUUCUAUCGCAAACUCAAUCAAAUAAUCCCAGUAAGCUUCUCCGAUCCUCCUCUUACUCCAUUCCAAGUUACGUUACAGAUAAAGGACUUUGAAGCUUUUGAUUUGAUGGAAAGCAACGGAAGAAUCCAUCCAUCUCAUCAUAUGAGGCGUCCUCUUCCUCCAGGUCCCGGCAGUAUUGCGCAUCCGGAGGCUUUUGUUGGUCACGGUGCUAUACCACCGCCUUCUGCUGCUCAGGGUGUGUAUCCUUCUUACAACAUGUUGCCACCACAUGAAGUUAUGGAGCAAAAAUUCGUGGCACAACACGGGGAACUACAGAGGCUUGCUAUAGAGAAUCAGAGACUUGGUGCAACUCAUGGUAGUUUAAGACAAGAGCUAGUUGCAGCGCAGCACGAAUUGCAGAUGUUGCAAGGGCAAAUUGGGUCGAUGAAGUCUGAGAGAGAGCAACGGAUGAGGGGUCUUGCUGAGAAAGUUGCGAAAAUGGAGACUGAGCUUCAGAAGUCUGAGGCUGUGAAGUUGGAGUUGCAACAAGCACAUGCUGAGGCACGUAGCUUGGUUGUGGCGAGGGAAGAGCUUAUGCCUAAACUGCAUCAGUUGACUCAAGAACUUCAGAAAGCUAGUUCAGAUGUGCAGCAAAUACCUGCUCUGAUGUCUGAACUUGAGAGUUUAAGACAGGAGUACCAGCAGUGCAGGGCAACAUAUGAUUAUGAGAAGAAAUUUUACAACGACCAUCUCGAGUCACUUCAGGCAAUGGAGAAGAAUUACAUGACUAUGGCUAGGGAAGUAGAAAAACUUCAAGCACAGUUAAUGAACAGUGCAAAUUCAGACAGAAGAGCCGGUGGCCCUUAUGGUAGCAACAUAAAUGCUGAAAUGGACGCUUCUGGGCAUCAGAGUGGAAACAGUUACUAUGACGAUGCUUAUGGUCAUCAGGGAUAUAUUCCUCAACCAGUUGCUGGUAACGCAACUGGACCAAAUCCAGUAGUUGCUGCAUCCCAAUACCCUUAUCCAACUCAGCCAGGGUACUACCCUCCAAGACCCGGUUACAACUUCCCAAGAGGACCCCCUCCUGGUUCAUAUGACCCAACAACAAGGUUACCCACAGGACCAUACGGCGCUCCAUACCCACCUGGACCAUCCAACAAUACUCCGUACGGGUCAGCUGCAACAGCCUGUGCACACGGAAACCCUAGUCGCAGAUGAGGCCAUCAGUACAUAAUAUAAUAACUCACCAGCUAUAUUCCUUCAACUGUGGAAUUGUUGCCGGUCUGGCUAAUUUAUGGGUAAAGAGAAGUUGGUACAGUGGUGAACUUUUGAGUGCUAUUAUGUGUUUUCUUCAAGUUUUGGUGACGUUUAAUUGUGAUACUAAAAGAGAUGUAAAAAUCGGAACAAAGAAGAUACAUUUUUUGUUCGUUCUUUCACCAAUUCUUUUGCCUA